GAGUUUGAAAUGCAGGAAGAAGAAAGUGUUUGAGGGAUGCGAAAGAUUGUGAGUGUGUUUGGUCGCGAGGCGUUGAUUUAAUUAGAGAUUAAUGUCUUUGUCUGAGGUGGGAUACCUGAUUCCGGUGAAUCAAAGUUUAGAGGAAGAAGGUUUAGUUCCGAAGUUAGCUAUCACAGACGGCGCAAACGUUAUUGGGCGGAACAACAUUCCUGUUUCGGACAAGAGGCUUAGCCGGAAGCACCUCACCUUAACCGCUUCUCGCGAUGGCUCCGCUAAUUUGCUCGUCGAGGGGCCGAACCCAAUCGUUGUUAAUUCCGGGAAUAAGAGAAGGAAGCUAAAUCAUAAAGAAGAAGCUACCAUUUGUAACGGUGACGUAAUCGAGCUCAUUCCCGGUCACCAUCUAUUUAAAUAUCAGGUGUUGGGGGGUGACGUAAACUCUUCGAGUGGUAGAAGCAAUGAACCUCAAUCAUCUUUCAGAAAUAAAGCUUUAGGCAGGACUUCACGGGAUAAAGUUGAAACAUGCAGCCAGAAACAAGGUAGGGAUGCAGAAACAAGGAAGUUUGUGCAUUCAAAGUCUGGUGAAGACAGUAGUGUGGAGGCCAUUCGUAAUUUCCAUGUCCCUAAUGACCAAAUACCUUCCACUUUUCGACUUUUGCGCGUGCAAGGGUUACCACCGUGGGCGAAUACUUCUUGUGUUUCUAUAGGUGAUGUCAUUCAGGGGGAUAUUCUAGUUGCUAUUCUAUCAAACUACAUGGUAGACAUUGACUGGUUGAUUCCCGCUUGUCCUGCACUUUCAAAAGUUCCCCAUGUGCUAGUCAUUCACGGAGAAAGUGAUGGCAGGGUGGAGUGCAUAAAGAGAAGCAAACCUGCAAAGUGGAUUCUGCACAAACCAGCAUUGCCAAUUUCAUUUGGGACACACCAUUCAAAGGCCAUGCUGCUUAUAUAUCCUCAAGGAGUGAGAGUCAUUGUGCAUACAGCGAACUUAAUUUAUGUAGAUUGGAACAACAAAAGCCAAGGGUUGUGGAUGCAAGAUUUUCCAUGGAAAGAUCAAAAUAGUCCAAGCAAUGGAUCUGGAUUUGAGAAUGACCUGGUUGAAUAUCUCAGUAUACUGAAGUGGCCGGAGUUCUCAGUUAAACUUCCAUCGCUUGGAAGCGUCAGUAUAUGUCCAUCUUUCUUCAGGAAGUUUGAUUAUAGUGAUGCAAGGGUUAGAUUAAUCGCAUCUGUACCUGGAUAUCAUUCUGGUAAUAGUUUGAAAAAGUGGGGACAUAUGAAGCUGCGUUCUCUUCUCCAGGAAUGUACUUUUGAUGAAGAGUUUAAGAAAUCUCCACUUGUUUAUCAGUUCUCCUCCCUUGGAUCUUUAGAUGAAAAAUGGAUGAGUGAGCUAGCAUCAUCAAUGUCAGCAGGCCUCUCAAAAGAUAAAACACCCCUUGGUAUGGGGGAGCCCCAAAUAAUAUGGCCUACUGUGGAAGAUGUCAGAUGCUCUUUAGAGGGUUAUGGGGCUGGAAGUGCAAUUCCAAGUCCUCUGAAGAAUGUGGAGAAAGCAUUUUUAAAGAAGUAUUGGGCAAAAUGGAAAGCAGACCAUACUGGUCGCGGCCGUGCUAUGCCUCAUAUAAAGACUUUCGCUCGUUAUAAUAAUCAAAGUCUUGCUUGGUUCUUAUUAACUUCGGCAAAUCUUAGCAAAGCUGCCUGGGGAGCUCUCCAGAAGAAUAGCACUCAGUUGAUGAUUCGUUCGUACGAGCUGGGAGUGCUAUUUUUACCAUCAUCAUUCAAACGACGAGGAUCUGUAUUUUCCUGUACCUGUAAUGUUGCACUAUCUGAGGAUAAGUGCCCAGCCCAAGAAUCUUCUGAAAUGAAGAAAACAAAACUAGUAACCCUUAAUGGGCAGAAAAAGGACAGUAUGCAUUCACCAUCUGAUGUUAUUAUCCCUUUACCUUUGCCUUACGAGCUCCCUCCUCUUCCUUAUUCCUCCCAAGAUGUCCCCUGGUCUUGGGACCGGCAAUAUAAAAAUAAAGAUGUCUAUGGUCAUGUUUGGCCCCGGAUUUGAGCAUAUCAACACCGAUUCCAUUCACAGUGUACAUAUCAUUUCGACUCCUCUCAGUCGUGUUAUGGAUAAUGGCACGAGUGUUUUUGCAACCGAGUUUCCAUGUGCAUGUAGUUUGUCAUACUUUGCACAAAGUUGUCUUAUUUUCAUUCGUGUGUUUUGUUUUCCUGUCAGAAAUAUAUCAAAUAUUGAAUGCUUAUUUUGAUUCUAAGAGAAUUCUUUUUUUUUUUUUGUU